AUGUGCAUUUUACCCGUGGACUAUUACACAAAAUGCGGAUGUCGAUAUCCUAAUAAUGAGCAGAUUGCUUAUUGUGCCGAACGGACACGAACAAUCAUUAAGGGGAGGCGGCCAAGGAACUGGUUAGGUGGCUUUUUGAAGGAUACUAAGAAAGAAUCGUCAUGUGUUCUAAAGGAAGACGAUGAUGCUAUUGCUGAAUUCUGCAAAGAAUGCACUUCACGUGGACCAUUGUUUAUGAAAUACAAGAAAAGUGAGUGGGCUCGCCAAAAGAUGGUAUUAGACCAUACCCAUUCUCCUUUCUAUGAUUAUGUUGAUAAUAAUUGGUUUCCUGCUAACGGCAUUAGUUCAAGAGAAAGAAAGUCUCAUUUCUGGCGCUGCUCACGAUGUACAGCUGCUGAUUUGAAGCCGCAUCCGAUGGAAAAGGCUAAGAAUAACCAUGAGCUAUGCUGCAACUGGAGUGAUGCUUUACGGGAAUGGAACAGGUAUAGAGGGUACGCAGAGUCUCCAGAGAGAAGCCCGAUUAUAAGUCCGCCUGUACCUCCACGUCCUAAGGAAAGAUUGGAGGUUGCCAACCUUCCAACGUAUGCAGACUGGAAACCGCUACCGUCACCCACUCAUAAUUCCAAGCCAUCGAGCAGACCAAUACACAAACCACGGAUUGAGCAAAGACAACAGCGUCGCUACCUUGGUGCGAUCCGGCCGCUCAAUGACUACGAAGAUCAGCAAACUAGAACGCUAGAACAAGGUCAUGCAGCGAAAUAUCGACCGCGACCUAGCACCGCAAACCAGAGCCACUUAGAGACAUUUGCAACGGCAAACAUGUACGAGAGGCUGAAUACCACAGUACUGCCUCAACGACCUAUAACAUCUCGCGAGAGUCAUUCGGGGUCGACUUUGUUAAGAGUACCACCAAACACGCCCGAGAGAUUGAACUCAGGACCAUCCGUGCCUUCACAUAGAAUCGCAAAGCCAGUUCAACGUCCCAUUCCUGACAUCCUCAGACCAGGGUAUGGAGGCAAAGAUCGGCAACACUCCUCAAGGAUCCAAGGACAUGAAACUUCUUCAUCUUCUUUCAUUUCAAUAAACGAUCAAGAAGUCGUUCAGCAAGCCGCUCUUGGUAUGGAGCGCGUUAGCCAAGCGAGACAAGAGUCCGAAUUCGAGCGGCGCAACAGAUUUCGACGAGAACUGCGCAUUCGAGGGGAACGUCUCGGUGGAGAGGAACGUGGUAGAUAUUAG